AUGAACGUGUUUCACUGGCAUGUCAUGGUAGACGACCAGAGCUUUCCGUAUCAGAGCAGCGCUUUUCCGAACCUCAGCGAAAGAGGAGCUUUCGGAAAAUCGGCCAUUUAUUCGAGAGAUGACGUCAGACGUGUGAUGGAACACACAAAACGUCGAGGCAUUCGUGUCAUUCCAGAAUUCGACACCCCAGGACAUACAUUAUCUUGGGGACUCGGUGGCAUUCCGGGAUUACUAACUGAGUGUUCGGAUUCCGAUACAAAUCAAUUUGGGCCUAUCGACCCGACGGUUGAGAAAAACUACAAUUUUAUCAGGACGCUAUUGUCUGAAGUCAGUGAAUUAUUCCACGACAAUUAUUUACACCUCGGUGGCGACGAAGUAGAUAGUUCUUGUUGGACCACGAACAAAAAGAUACAGGACUUUAUGCAUCGCAAUAACAUGAAGAACGUCGUCGAAUUAAAAGACUACUACUUCGCAAACGUCUUCAACAUAACUCGAAGUUUGAAAACCGUGCCCAUCGUGUGGGAAGAAAUAUUUGACGAUAAUAUCCACCUUGGUCCAUAA